CUCAGUUUCAAUUCAUUGAUCCUUUGAAACCAUGAAGACGGGAUUCCUUCUUACCUCUUUGGCCACGCUUUGCUCCAUUGCGUUGGCUGGCUCCAAAUCCGACUAUGUCUUGCGCCCUGAUCCUGAGGGUCAAUACCCUCGUCUUGGUGCCUGUCCCGAUGCUCACGCCUGUAUUUUCCCUCCCGAUGUUUCCACCUUCUUGCCUGGCGGUUACUUUGAUCUUCGUGUGGAAAUGCACGCUUAUGAUUUGGAUGCUUCCAAGCCUACCCCUCCUGUUUUUGACAACUUCAAGACUUUGGUCCGUCGUGACAAUGGUCGCUGGGAGGAUGCCAGCAAGUACUUUGAUUUGUCGACCCCUGAAAUGGAAAGCUGGAACUUCACCUGGCGCAACACCAUCGACAAUGCCUAUGCCCACAACUUUAACCGUACCGGCAACCCCAUUAACGUGGAUGUCACUUCCCGUGCCUGGCGCAAGGUGAAGUUUGACAAGCCUGGUACUUACCAAGUCAAGGUCCAAUACGGUCCCAAGCAGAGCUACACUGUCCAAUACACUGUUGUCGAGCCCAAGCGCCCCAAGAAGAAAGCAAAGAACGUCAUCUUGUUCAUUUCUGAUGGUACCAACGUUGGUAUGAUCACCGCUGCUCGUGCUGUUGCUCGCGCCCAUACUUCUGGCAAGUACCACGACUUCUUGAACUUUGAAAAGUUUGACCACUUGGGUCACAUCAUCACCAACUCCGUGGACAGUAUUGCCACUGACUCGGCCAAUUCCGCUUCGUCUUACUCUACCGGUCACAAAUCGAGCCCCGAUGCUUUGGGUGUCUACUGUGACUCGUCCAAGGAUCCCUUUGAUGAUCCCAAGGUCGAAACCAUCACCGAACUUAUCCGUCGCCGUCAACCCAAGAAGGCCAUCGGUAUUGUUACUACUGCUUCCGGUGGUGAUGCUACUCCUUCAGCUUUCGUUGCUCACACUCGUGACCGUGACACUCACGCUGAAAUCAUUGAUCAAGUUAUCAAUGGCAGCCCCAACUGGGUUGGUCCUGCCGUUCCUGAUGUCUGGCUCACUGGCGGAGCUGAAUUCUUCAAGGGCGAAGAAGCUCUUAACGGUGCUGACUACUAUGAAAAGUUCAAGAACUUGGGCUACAAGUUGGUCCAGAACAAGAAGGACUUGAAGAAGUACCACGAUGAUGAGAAGCUCCUCGGUAUUUUCCGUCAGGGCAACUUGGAUGUCUGGUUCGAACGUAACAUCUUCGUCAACAACACCAUUGGCAACAAGGCUGCUCCCGAUAUGAGCGGCAAGGAUGCUCUUGGUUCUGACCAGCCCGGUUUAGAUGACAUGACCUUGAAGGCUCUUGAAGUGUUGAAGAAGCGUGGUGGCAAGGACGGUUUCUUCUUGAUGUCCGAAGCCGCUUCCGUUGACAAGCAGCUCCACGGUUUGGAUUACCCCCGUGCCUGGGCUGAAUUGAUUGAACUUGAUGUUACUGUGAAGAAGACCGUUGAAUGGCUCAAGAAGAAUGGCGAAUUCGAAGAUACCCUUAUUUUGGUGACUGCUGAUCACACUCACUCGUUCGAUGUCUGGGGUUCCGUUGACCAAGAAUACAUUGCCAAGCAAACCGGUGAAGAAGAAAAGCGUAACGCUAUUGGUGUCUACGAACGCGCUGGUUGGCCCGGUUACUUCGACGAAGAUGGUGAUGGUUUCCCUGACAACUGGAACCCUCGUGUUACUCUUGCUGCUGGUACAGCCGGUGCUCCCGACCAUUACGAAGCAUGGCAACUCGCCAAGUCCGGUCCUCGCUUUGGCUCCGAAAAGGAUGGUCACUGGUGGCGCGCCAGCGAGAAGGACGAAGUCGGCAACUUUGGAGCUGGUCUCAAGUGGAACGGUAACCUUCCUGUUGACAAGAAGGUCGGCGUUCACUCCAUCUCUGAUGUGUUCAUCUACGCCAACGGUCCCAGCUCGGAACUCUUUGGAAGAACCUAUGAAAACUGGGAUCUUUUCUUCAAGAUGACUCAGGCUAUGGACUUGCAACGUCCCGGCAAGCAUGAACACUAGAGCGGAUAAUCCUACGCUUACAUGUUCACUCGAUAUGUCUACUGUUUUAUUUAUAGUUACAAAGUGAAAGUUGUAAUCGUAUGUGUAUUUUUUUUUAAAGGGAAUUGGCAUUACUAGUCAAUUAUAUAGUAUCAUGCAGGAUUAAUGAUACGUUCAAUAAAUUUCUAAAGUUAUUACUGUAAACUUUUGAUUAUUCUGCUGUCUCCGGUUUGCAAAACCAAACAGAAAAGAAGGC